CGCCGAUUAUGCAAUUGACCCGUAAUAUUUCGCGAUCGCGGCUCCGAUGUCGUUUGCGAAUGAGGAGAGUCGCGCAUUGUUGAUCGCGCGUGUAUCGUGUAUGCGCGUAACGCGCGACGGUGAACACGUGUUUAGACGCACGGAUCCAUCAUCGGUACGCGUGUGUGCGCGUAUAUAUAUUGGUACUGCGGAUGUUAGAUGCAGAAGAUAAUUGCUGGGUGACAAACCAGAAUGGCCGGUGCUGUAUACGUGAUAGGAAUUUUGCUGUUGGGAGGAGCAGCAGCUUGGACCAGUGACAUUAUACCUGAUAUAACUGUACAUAUGAAUCAAGUGAUAUCUGUGCCGUUCAGCAUACAUAAUGUCAGUUCGCCCAAUCCACAAGCAUGGACUGUUAGCGCAGAUCAUCAUAUUGCAAUACCGAGUUACCAAGUGACAACGUUAAACAAAACUUCUUUUAACGGUGUUUUAAAUAUCACUGGCGUAUUCCUUGGUAGGACGAAAUUAACGUUUACUCUGGCAGAAACGACGGAUAUUUUUUCAGAAAACAGUCAGGAAGUGUCUCUUAUUACCGUAACACGAGAGGAACGCACAAUAGACUCUAUAUUUACUGCCAGUGUAGCAAUACUUGUAUCCAUCUUGUAUAUUAAUUUUGGCUGUGCCAUGGACUGGAGUGUAUGCCGCGAUACAUUAAGAAGACCGAUAGGUCCAGCCAUAGGUUUCUUCUGCCAGUUUCUGAUCAUGCCAUUGUUAAGUUUUCUCAUUGGACAUCUUUUAUUUCCUGAUCGUCCCGAACUGCAAAUAGGCAUGUUCUUCACAGGAAUAAGUCCAAGCGGUGGCGCUUCCAACAUGUGGACACUGCUACUUGAUGGCAAUCUAAAUCUUUCGAUCACCAUGACUACUAUAUGUACCAUUGCUGCAUUUGGAAUGAUGCCGUUUUGGGUCUUUACGUUGGGCAGAUAUAUUUUCGCACAGGGAGCAAUUGCAGUUCCCUAUCGUCACAUCGGCACGUUUGUGAUCGGUCUCAUAAUUCCACUGGCCAUAGGAUUUUUCAUUCAAAAAAAGUUUCCAAGGGUAUCGAAGAUAUUGGUCCGAAUAAUGAAACCUUUCUCUAUGGUCUUAAUUUUAUUCAUCAUUAUAUUCGCUAUCACGACUAAUCUAUAUAUAUUCAAAUUGUUUUCGUGGGAGAUUAUAAUUGCGGGAAUGAGUCUACCUUGGUUGGGCUUUACGUUUGGCUUUAUAAUAGCGUAUAUCUGCAAACAAUCUCAAGCUGAUAUACGGGCGAUUGCUAUUGAAACUGGCAUUCAAAACACGGGCGUGGCCAUCUUUUUGUUACGAUUUACAUUGAAGCCACCCUCUGACGACCUAACUACUGUGGUUCCUGUAGCUACUGCGAUGAUGACGCCAGUACCAUUAACAAUUCUAUUUAUAAUAAAAUUGAUUUAUCGAUACAGACAGAAAACAAAAGCAAAAGUAACAUUAGAUCCUGUUCCGUCAUUAGAAAAGCUCCAACAAACGGAUAUUUCUACCAUCACACAGUUAAAUGAAUCUAGAUUGAUUGAUCGUGCACACACAGAAUAAUGGAACCAACAAAUCAACGUAGAAUAAGACAGUUGAUAAGACAACUCAGCAGUUGUUCUGUUGAACGCGGCUAAUGAUGUCUUGGAUUUGCAUUAAUGACAUAUAAGGAAGAACUAUAUAUAUUUUUUAUAUAUUUCAUAUAUUAAUGUUAAAAAUCUAAAUUUUAGUAAGGAUAGGAUGGUUGUGGAUCAUAUCAUAUAAUUAUUUAUAAAAAUGUCUAUGUCUACCGUUACUGUCGAACAAUACUGUUGCAACAGUACUGUUGUUGAGAUUGUUGAGAUGUAUUUUUUACGCCGAUGAUACUUAUUAAUUAUAAUAGUAAUUCGAUUUAUUUAGAUACAGCGAGGAACGGUUGUUAGCGAACAAAAAUAUUUGUUAAAUAUUUUAUAAGUAUUGAAAAUCUCGUCUGCAUUUAUAUAUUUUAUUUUUUAAUG